AUGCCGACGUCCCUCAUCACAAACUGGACCAAGGAGUUUGCCAAAUGGACUCCAGGCAUGAGGGCCAAGGAGUUUCAUGGGACCAGCAAAGGGGAGAGAACCAGGAACCUGGAGAACGGAGAAGGACGCCACUCCAGGAGAAAAGGCUCUGGGGAUGCGGAUGUCGGAGACCCUCAUGACCACAACAAGCCCUACUUCCUCCGCAGGACCAAAUCAGAAGUGCAGAAAAACAAAAAAGGUGGCACAGAUUCACUCAAAGAGCAACACUCGGACCACAACGAUGUCCCACGUGUUCCAAAAGACUCUGGAGCCGUGAUGCCUGAACUGACGAGGAAGAACGACCUGAUUGUGUGGACGUACCUGAGUUCUGUUCAGGAGGACAUCUACAGGCAGUUCAUCUCUCUGGACCACAUCAAGGAGCUGCUGCUGACCACCAGAUCUCUUCUGGCUGAACUUAACAUAAUGAAGAAGUUGUGUGACCAUCCCAGGCUGCUCUCUGCUGCCCCCAUCAGCAAGUUAGGUUUGGAGGAAAACGGAGGCGAGGGCCAGCAGGGAGACGAGGCCGACACCGACGCCCACAGCAUCGACAACGUCCCCGACGACACCUUAAUAUCAGAGUCCGGGAAGCUCGUCUUCCUGUUCGCACUGCUGGAGAGGCUCCGAGAGGAAGGCCACCGAACACUGGUGUUCGCUCACUACAGGAAGGUGCUGGACAUCAUAGAGCGUAUCCUCGGCAACAGAGGUUUUAAAGUGCUGAGGCUGGAUGGUACCAUCAAGCAGAUCGCAGAGAGAGAGCGCCGCAUCCUUUGUUCCAGACAGACAACCGUUACUCCGUCUUCCUCCUGA